AUGGUGGAACGUCGUGGAGCCGCACAGAGCUCCAACCAGGAGACUGGGCCGGGCCGGGGUACUGAAUCAAUGCGAGUCCGGUUGAUGCUACUCCUGGAGGCGGUAUACUUCGAGCUUCGAACACAACACCCAAGGGAUCAAGGGGCCCAGGCCGCGAAGAAGAAGGCCCAGGAUGAGGCGAACAAGCAGAAGAGAGAGCAGGAGGAGGCGGCGGUUGCAAAGUACGACCCGUUCUCCGGAAGUGCCGAUGGACCUGCGGAGGCCACCCAGGCUGCCGAUGAGGCAGAGCGCCUGUCCGCGUUCGCUUCAACCUUCUGGUCCUGGGAAAUCCCCCGGACCGUCUUCAAGACCGCCCACAAGUGA